CAAGUUAGUGCUGGAGGCGGCGGCCAUGAGGGUGGGAGGCUGGGCGGCGGCCAUGCUGGGGCUGGUGCUCGUGCUGCUCUGUGGGGCCCGCGGCGGCCUCGGCGCAGAUCCCGUUAUAGUCACCACUCCAAACGUGACGUCUGGCUCAGAUGUCCAGCUGUACUGCAACAUCACUGGGGCGGCGUCUGCCAUCACGGGGCAUAAAUGGAUUAAGGAAGAAGAUGUCCUCCAGUCAGAUGAUACCUCAUCUCACCAAACUGUCUACAAUCUAAAUGAGGUGAAUACCGACACCUCUGGGGAGUACGUGUGCCAGUUCCUGACCAACCCGCCUGCAGAAGGGAUUGUGUUUGUGACAGUUAAGCCACACGUGCUGGCAUACAAGAAGUCUGAGCAUGGGAACGAAGGCGACACAGGGGUGCUGGUAUGCAAAUGCAACUCGUAUCCUUCAGUCACUGAGUGGACCUGGUACAAGAAGGAGAAUGACCACUACAUGCCCAUUGUCAACAGCACUGAGGGUCGGUUCUUCAUCAAGUCCUCUGGCAACAGGACGGAGCUGCGUAUCGUCCCCCUGGAUAUUGAGAAGGAUCCAGGCGAGUACAUCUGUAACGGCACCAACGAGGUGGGCCAGGACGGUGCCACGGUGAGCCUACGGGUCCGCAGCCGCCUGGCCGCGCUCUGGCCCUUCCUGGGCAUCGUGGCUGAGGUGCUGGUUCUCGUCACCAUCAUCUUUAUCUACGAGAAGAGGAGAAAGCCGGAUGAAGUCCUGGAUGAUGACGAUGGAGGAUCUGCACCGCUGAAAAGCAAUGCCACAAAUCACAAGGACAAGAAUGUCCGCCAGAGGAACGCUAACUAAGAGUGGGCAGGCAGGCAGGUGAUGCAGCUGACGAGCUUGCCCAGACAUCCCUUCUUGUCUUGGAUUUUUCUUUUUUUUUUGCGAAGUAGCCCCAGACUGCUCUAGCGCAUCCUUGGGACUCCACCACCGCACAUGGGGAAGAAACGCACUGCAGUUGUAAAUUCUCAAACACACUUUUGUAGUAUUUUAAAGAGAAGAGUUGUGGGAGGGUAUCUUUUUUGUUUGUUAGCUUUUGUGUCCCUCUUUUCUACCCCUAACUCAACCCCUUCUGCUGGUAGUCUUGAUCACUUGUUCUAGAUCUCAGUGUUUUGUUGGAAAGAGGGGAG